AUGAAUCCAUUAUCAAUGUCAUUUGAUGAACAGCGUGAUGUUAAUUAUCUUCAAUUUGAUCCAAAAACAGUGGUAACUGAUUUACAAAAAGCAAUACCUGAAUUGGAUCUUGUUGGACUUGUACAUAGUAGAAAAUGGUGUUGUGAAAUGCUUCAAUGUAUUACUAUAGGAUCUGCAUCGACUGAAAGUGGUAAUGAUGAAUUAGACGAUGGAAUUAAUUUGAAUGUAACAGCACGAGAAUUAGGUACAUCAUCAAGUUUAUAUUUAAUGGCGAAAAGUUAUUUUGAUCUUCGUGAAUACACUCGAUGUGCACAUCAUUUAAGAAAUUGUACAAGUGGAUAUGGUUUUUUUCUUCGACUUUAUGCAUUAUAUCUAGAUGGUCUUAAACAUCGUUGUGAUGAUUUUGUUGAUGUAUUUCCUGAUACAGCUAAUAAUCAACGACAAGCAACGACUAAAGCAUCACUUGAUAAUACAUGGCUUAUACGUCUUCGUACAGAAUUGACAACGAGUGAAAAAACUCAACCAUUAAACGGUUAUAGUUGUUAUGUUUAUGCUCUUGUACUCAAACGAUUAGGUUUACUUAAUGAAGCAUUACCAUAUUUUGUUCGUACAGUUAAAGCAGUACCUCAUCUUUGGUCAGCAUGGGAAGAUCUUGUUAUGCUUAUUGAUAGUGAACAAAAGCUUCAUAGUCUUGAUUUACCUAAACAUUGGAUACGCAAUGUAUUUUAUGCUCGAUGUUAUGUUGAAUUACAUAAACCUGAAUUAUGUGUAUAUAUUUGUAAAGAAUUAACACAAAUUGGUUUUCAUAAUUCAACAUAUAUUCUUUUAUUACAAGCUAAAGCUUAUGAAACAGGAGCUGAAUUACAAUUAGCACGAACAUGUUGUGAAGAUGCACGAACUAUUGAUCCAUAUAAUCUUGAUUCCAUGGAUAUAUUUUCAAAUAUUCUUUUUGUUCUUGAAGAUUAUCAUGCAUUAGCUGGAUUAGCACAAAAAUGUAUUGAAAUCGAAAAAUAUCGUUUUGAAACAUGUAUUGUUGUUGGUAAUUUUUAUAGUAUACGUAAUGAUCAUGCUCGUGCUAUUCAAUAUUUUACUCGUGCAUUACGUAUGAAUCCUGAUUACCCAGCUGCAUGGAUAUUAUUAGGUCAUGAAUUUGUCGAAGGAAAAAAUCAUGCAGCUGCUAUUAAUGCUUAUCGAGAAGCGUUAGAUCUUAAUCGUAGAGAUCAUCGUGCUUGGUAUGGUCUUGGUGAAACAUAUGAAAUAAUAAAAAUGUACAAUUAUGCAUUGUAUUAUUUUAAAGAAGCUUUUGCUCUUAAACCAAAUGAUUCACGUUAUUCAAAUGCACUUGGUGAAGUCUAUGAACGGACACAAAAAUUACAUGAAGCAAAAAAAUGUUAUUGGCGUUCAUAUUGUGUCGGUGAUAUUGAAGGAAAUGCACUUGCAAAAUAUGCACAUGUAUGUGAUCAUUUAAAAGAUGAAGAAACAGCAGCUCGUGCAUAUAUGGAAUUUAUUCGUACGCAAGAAUUACGACAAGUAAAAAAUUUCACAGAGUUUUCUCAUGCUGCUGAAUUUUUGGCUAAUUAUCAUGUAAAAAAACGUCAAUAUGAUCAAGCAUGUUCAUAUGCUAGAAAAUGUCUAGAAUUUCCGGAAGUAAAAAAUGCAGCGAAAGAUAUUUUAAAUAAAAUAACUGGCCUACGUGAAGGCCAACAACAACUUAAAGAUAAAGAGCUUUCACAACAACAAACAUCAGCGCCAGCUCCAACGGCUCAAUCAACAAUACAUGAAUUCGAUUCAUCAUCAACGACAACGAUUGAUUAA